AUGCUGUUGGCUUGUCAGCUGCUGGUAAAACAGACUCUGUGUUCCAGAGGUCUUUCCUGGAGUCCAGACCUGGAGAAGUGUAUGGAUUGCGCCGUGUGCCAAACCCAGAACAAGAAUGACUUCUGCUCCACAUGCGGAGAUCCCCAACCCCCAAACACACUCAACUGGUGGAUUCUCCUGGGAGCAUCGGUGGGGGCCGUAUUUAUGUGUUUUAUCAUUGGUGGGAUAAUAUUCUACGCUCGUUGCCGGCGGCGAGAAAAAUUUACCACUCCGAUUGAAGAGACUGGAGGCCACUCCGCUCAGGAAUCCCUGAUAGAUUGAAAAUCUUUUGGUCAGUGUUUCAGGUGACCGAGAGAAAGAGAAGAUCCCUUCAACCUUCAAUUACCUCUGACUUUCCCUAAAGACACCGGAAGGAUGUUUUU